GCAACUGCACAGGAGAGAACUGCCCACAGCCACCGAAGAACUGCACUGGAGAUGGCUGCCCACCGGAGUCAUGGAGCGGAGAUCGAGAUGGCUGCCCCAUGCCACCGCCUCCGCCUUGCGGAGGACGCAACCGCCACCAGCCUCCGAGCAACUGCACAGGAGAGAACUGCCCACAGCCACCGAAGAACUGCNAUGCCACCGCCUCCGCCUCCGCCUUGCGGAGGACGCAACCGCCACCAGCCUCCGAGCAACUGCACAGGAGAGAACUGCCCACAGCCACCGAAGAAUGGCAGUGAAGACGGCUGCCCGCAGCCGUGGAGACACUGGAGACGAGAUGGAGAUGGCUGCCCCAUGCCACCUCCCCCGCCUUGCGGAGGAUGCAACCGCCACGAGCCACCAAGCAACUGCACAGGAGAGAACUGCCAACAGCCACCGAAGAACCGCGCUGGAGAUGGCUGCCCACCGGAGCCAUGGAGCGGAGAUGGAGAUGGCUGCCCCAUGCCACCGCCGCCGCCUUGCGGAGGGUGCAACCGCCACCAGCCACCACAGAACUGCACAGGGGAGAACUGCCCACAGCCACCGAAGAAUUGCACGGGAGACGACUGCCAGGCGCCGCCGCAGCCCUGCACAGGAGGAGACGACUGCAUGGAGACGCAGAAGCCCUGCAAUGGGACGAGCUGUGCCUCCUGCGAGGAGCCGCUGAAAGAUUGCGAUUUCUUCUUCAAUGGGCGCAACAAGACAGUGCCGUCAAUCAAGCUUGCUCAAAAGGGAGCCAAGAUCUACACGGAAAUUGGUUCUAUCGUGCACCAGGACGGGGAUAAAGUCAGGCCGGUGACCGCAGUGAACUCAUCGCAUUGCGAGCUGCUGUUGAUGGGCAGUGGUGGCUGGAGCGAGGAAGCAUGCCAUCUUCGCCUGUACGUUAAUGGGAGUCACAUAGCAUCUCGCGAAGUUAAUGCGACCGCUCAGCCGCACGAUUUCCUCAACAGGUGUAUCAAGAUCAAGAUCAACGCAGCUCAAUACACGGAGGGUGGGCAUUACAACGGUGGGCAAAGCAAUCCUCGAUCUUGCCUAGUGGUCAGGACAGCAAACGCAUUCCGCGACUAAGUACUAAUUCAUAGGUUGGUGAAGAUUUGAUUACAUUAG